UAGAGGAUGAAAGCGGAAGUGAGGCUUUUGCGUUCCCCAUGGAGACGCUCCUGCAGCACCUGGAGCGCUUCUCUGAGGUCCUGGCGGUCUCCUGCACGACCCGCGUUAGCACCUGGGACCCAAAGACCGUGCGCCGGGCCCUGCAGUGGGCUCGCUAUCUGCGCCACAUCCACCGGCGCUUUGGCUGCCAUGGCCGCAUUCGUAAGGCUCUAGAGCAGCAACUGCACAACUUGUGGAGACUGGAGGGCGGUCCUGGGCCCCGUCCAGUCUCCGGACUGACGAACUUCCAGUCCCUGGGGCGCUGUGACAUCCUUCUGUCUCUUCGCCUGCUAGAGAACCGAGCCCUCGGGCAUGCCGCCUGUCACCACCUACUGCAGCAGCUUUUUCCGGGCCCCAGCUACCCGGACGCCAACCAGGAGACGCUCCAAGACAGCCUGGCCUGCCUCGCCCGCCGCCGUUCCGCCGUCCACAUGCUGCUGUUCAACGGCUACAGAGAGAACCCGGUCCUUCAGGAGGACUCGCUGAUGAAGACCCAGGCGGAGCUGCUGCUGGAGCGCCUGCAGGAGGUGGGGAAGGCCGAAGCGGAGGGACCCAGCAGGUUUCUCAGCUUUCUGUGGGAGCGCUUGCCUCAGAACAACUUCCUAAAGGUGGUAGCGGUCGCGCUGUUGCUGCCUCCGUCCUGCUCUGCCGGGUCCGGUGGAGAGGAGUUUGAAAUGGGCAGCCCCAAAACACCCAGAGAGGGGGGUCAGGAGCUGGUCCAUUGGCUUCUGGGGAAGUCUGACAUCAUGACUGCCUUUUGCCGCAACCUCCCCGCCAGGCUUUUAGCUUCAGUGGCAGGGUGCCACCCAGAACUCUCCCGGGUCUAUUUGAGUCUGCUAACUGACUGGGGUCGACAUCUGCAGUACGACCUACAGAAGGGCACGUGGGUUGGAAUUGAGUCCCAGGAUGUUCCCUGGGAGGAGUUGUACGACAGGUUUCAAAGCCUCUGCCAGUCCCCUCCACCUCUGAAAGACGAAGUUUUGACUGCCCUGAAGUCCUGUAAGGCGCAGGAUGGAGAUUUCGAAGUCCCCGGUGUUAGCAUCUGGACAGACCUGUUAUUAGCUCUUGGGUGUGGUGCAUGAUACAACAUCUGGGAAAAGACAAUUUCUAGGUCUCAGCCCAGUUCUCCACGGGCAACAUUCUGUUAAUUGAUCUCUUGAACAUAUGGGUUACAUAAUUAAAAAUUUGAUGUUCCAACAAAUCUCCUAUAUUUUCAUGUGUCCAAAAUACAAUUUUUGUAGGUGCUAAUUUUCAGUGGUUUAUUAUCUAAUUAUAAAUAUGUAAAAUAAUUGGCCAUGUAUUUUCUGGAUAGAGGAGGUGGCUUUGGAAGUAUCUUCACUUAUAGCCAUAACUAGCAAUGGCCUUUUAGAAGGCCACUUUCUAAGAAUGCCAGGGGAAAAAAAUACGGACUUUUCAACAAAUAGGAGCUGUAAAAAAACAAACAAAACCCACCCUUUUCCUACCAUCAGUAUAGUUUACAUUUACAGUUGUUUUUUCAGUACUGAAUUUUCUUUAAUCAAUAUGUUUUGUUAGAAAUGUUGGUUUGAAAAGCUAACUGGACUGUUUGGAUGUAAACCCUGAGCCUUGGCCUUGUUAACCCAACGUUCUAUCCAGUUAACCAGCCUCAAUAUGUAUUAAAAUUUUUGUUAUUCAGAAAGUUUGUUUCUCAUUCUGUAAAUUACUCCUCUUUGAGAGGUAAAAAACCAAAUAGUAAUUUAAUUUAAAUUAUUGACUCAAAGACAAAAUUAGCUGUUUAAAGCAUGCUGUAUACAAAUAUAUGCUUUUGGAUAUUAAUUUAGCAUUUGGUAAAAUAAAACAAAAGUCCACAUUAGAAGACUGAAGGUUUAGUGCUGCUUCUGUCACUAGUAACUAGGUUAGUAUGUCACAACCUUGGUGAUAUAGUUGCCUUAUCUGUAAAAUGAAGUGUUUAGAAUAAAAUAAACUUUCUUUUUGCUUGGUACCUACCUGGCCUAUGGGGACAGUUUAGAAUUUUUGUUGAGUGUGUGUGAAAACUUAAUUCUGUCAGUUUACAAAAGUGCUCACCAACUGGCAGUGAUUGCCAAUAACCAAAUCUAAGAGCAAUUUAUUCGUUUUUAUUAAGGGAUAAAACUUUUUAGGAAUAAAGGUAUUUUUGUCCAUAACCAGAUAGUUAGAGUCCUUAGAAGACAAAUUGGUAUUCAGAAAGCUAAUUGGUGAGAAUGGAGUUCAGAGCAAGAGGAGUUACAUAAUCUCACAGAAUUUUUUAUUCUAUGGUAAAACCUCGGGUGAACUAUUCCACUAGCAAAUAUGCUUUUCUAGAUGAUCUUGGAUUUACACUAGCACAUUCUUAUUUCUCAUAGUCCAGUUCCAUUUUCUAGCUGUACUCCAUGUAGGCCAUCUUUUACAAUGCAUUUGUCCUUAAUGCAAGGAGAAAGGCAAUUUCUCUUCUUUUUUCAGGAAAAGAAACCCAAUGAAGAGUUCUACCUGGGCAAAGUCCUAAUAUUAGGUUUCAUUUCAGAGAACGGUGAACGGUAUGUUUCAGAACUGUCCGCAUUUCUGCAGUUAUAUCUGAGACUAUGAUUUAAGAUAAAAUGAUAAAGACUGUUUGUUAUAGAUUUAAGUGGAGGACAUUGUAAAAUCCAUAUUUAUACUUCCCAUUUAUUAAGCUCCUAAUUUUAGGCACCAUACUAUGUUCAUUACAUACAUUACCUUAUUUAAUCUUAUCCCCCAAACUGUAUUCUUACAAAUAAAGAUAUGAGCUAAGAAAGAUUAAGUAAAAUGUUUCCCAGAACCUAGCACAGUGCCUGGCAUGUGGUGGGUACUCCGGAUUUGUGAAUAAAUGAAACCAGGGUAGAACUAUACAUCUGUAUACUUGCAUUUAUAAAUCAAAUUAAGGACCUGAAAUGAUGCCAUUUAAUUAACUAAGCUUAUUAUCUAAGAAUCUAUGUAUAGGACAAAAAAAAAGUGAGGGGAAAGAAUGGAAAAUUGAAUAAAUUCAAGCCUUUCUUGAGCCAGCACAUAAAAUGACUGCAUGUCUGUUGUGUUUCCUGUUAGUAUUAUUUUAAUCACAGAAAUCUCAUGCUGUGCUAGACCUUCCCCUGCCUGUUUAUUUACUGAGUAUAUUAGAAUAUUUAAAAUCUGAAUGUUGUCUAUACACUGACUACCUAUUAAAUGCAAUUCAAGGUUUUAAUUCUAAUGGACAAUUUGUAGGAUUUAGCUUUAGUGAAUAAAUAACGCU